AUGACCGAGAAGGAUUCUACUACCCCGCGUUACGACCCCUCAAUCUACGAUACCCCUUUCUCAAAAUUACCAAACUCCAAAAGAGUAUGGAUAGGGGAGCCUGGAUCUGCUCUUGAAGGGAUAGUCUCUUCGGCGGCAACUUCAGAGAUCAAGACGGGUAAGAGAGUAGGUCUCGGAUGGGACAUGACAAAAUUGGAGUAUUCCCAAUUUGGACGACAGAAAUGUGGACAUAAGAUUAUUCCACUGAAUGGACCAGGCGGGAGUGGAUAUGGAGCUUGUUUUGAUGAUGUCUAUCAUAUGAAUCCCCAACAAAGCAGUCAAUGGGAUGGCUUUCGUCACUACUCCCAGCCACGAAAUACUUCCGAUCCCUCUACAUCACAGGACCGAGUGUUCUAUGGCGGCACUACGAAGGAUGAAAUUAUGGAUACAUCGAGUCACCGUAUCGGGCUCCAACACUGGGCACCUGAAGGAAUUGCCGGCCGUGGUAUUUUAAUCGACUACGCUCACUGGUGCGCCCAACAAUCUCCACCCAUCAAGUACACCAACUUUUCUCUUCACAAUAUCCCGUUCGAAACGCUCGUCGCGAUUCUCGCCGAUCAAAAUAUAACCCCUCAACAUGGUGAUAUUCUCUUUAUCCGCAUGGGUCUAAUUCCGGAAUGGGAUAGCUUCACCGAACCUCAAAAACAAGAAUAUGCAUCCCAAAGUACCCCCGAACAUGCUGGUGUCGAACCUAGCUUCGAGUUAUUGGAGUGGUUAUGGGAUAGUGGAAUAUCAGCUGUGGCAGGCGAUGCUAUAAGCUGGGAGGUAUAUCCUACACAGGGAGAGCUUAGCUGUCAUGAGUAUUUGCUCGGAGGAUGGGGAAUGCCAAUUGGUGAAAUAUUCGAUCUUGAGGCCUUGUCUCGUACCUGUCGCGAACUAAAUAGAUAUUCCUUCUUCCUAACAUCGAUGCCAUUGAAUAUGCCAGGAGGGGUUUCUUCACCCCCAAAUGCAAUGGCCAUCUUUUAG